AUGAGGAAGACAGCGCUGAUGCUCUGGAUCAGCCUUUUGGUACAAGUGUCCCACGGGGCUCAGGGUCAAUAUGCCCGCAAACUACUGACUGACCUGAUGGAGGACUACUCCAACGCUCUGAGGCCGGUGGAAGACACGGACGCAGCCCUCAAUGUCUCCCUGCAGAUCACUCUCUCACAGAUCAAAGAUAUGGAUGAGAGGAACCAGGUGUUAACCACAUACCUGUGGAUCAGGCUGGUGUGGCAUGACGCCUACCUGAAGUGGGACAAGGAGGACUAUGAUGACCUUGAGAUGAUAAACAUACCCAGCGAUCUGGUUUGGAAGCCGGACAUCGUCCUCUACAACAAGGCAGAUGAGGAGUCAAGUGCAUCAAGCACUAAUGUAAAGCUGCGGUAUAACGGAGAGAUCAUCUGGGACUCUCCUGCAAUCACAAAGAGCACAUGUGUGGUGGACGUCUCCUACUUCCCCUUCGACUGGCAGCAGUGCAAACUCACCUUCGGCUCCUGGACCUACAAUGGCAACCAGGUGGACAUCAGUUUGGGGAUGGACAGUGGUGACCUGUCUGACUUUGUGGAGAACGUGGAGUGGGAGUGUCACGGCAUGCCGGCAGUGAGGAACGUCAUGAUGUACGGCUGCUGCUCCGACCCCUACACAGAUAUCACCUACACUCUGCUCCUGAAGCGCCGCUCCUCUUUCUACAUCUUCAACCUGCUCCUGCCCUGCUUCCUCAUCUCCUUCCUGGCCCCGCUGGGCUUCUACCUGCCGGCGGACUCGGGGGAGAAGGUUUCCCUCGGGGUGACGGUGCUGCUGGCGCUCACUGUGUUCCAGUUGUUGGUGGCUGAAAGCAUGCCACCUGCAGAGAGCAUGCCCUAUAUAGGAAAGUACUACAUCGCCACCAUGACUAUGAUCACAGCCUCCACCUCUCUCACCAUCUUCAUCAUGAACAUUCAUUUCUGUGGUGCUGAGGCCAAGCCUGUUCCUCACUGGGCAAAGGUGCUCAUCAUAGACUACAUGUCCAAAAUCUUCUUUGUGUACGAGGUGGGGGAGAACUGCACGACUCCAGCGAGUGAGAGGACCCCGCUGUACCCCGAGGAGCCCGCCAGCGAUGACCAUCUCCACGACUGCCAUGACGACAGCGAUCGGCACCAGUACAGCAACGGCCACGCCAUGCCUCACCCCAACAAGCAUCACAAAAUACAAGCGAACGGCAAUGCCAACAAUAGCCGUCACCAUUAUAACAACCACAACAACCAUACAUCCGGAUUAGAGAGGGGCGAGGGGAAGACACCACAGCGCUACCACCACAUCAGGAGGGACGAGCUGGAAUACCAGGCUUCUCCUCGUCCACAAAACCUCCAGCAGCUGAACGGAGGGCUGAAGGAGCAGCUCCUCUAUCCCCCAGAGAAAGUCCCGGCCUGCCCCUGCUGCUGCCCCUGCCUCCAACAUAAACAGUUGGUGAAGAACAUCCAGUACAUCGCCAACUGCUUCCGCGAGCAGAGAGCUACUUGUGUCAAGGCUGCAGAGUGGAAGAAAGUCGCCAAGGUGAUGGAUAGGUUUUUCAUGUGGAUCUUCUUCGUCAUGGUCUUCCUUAUGAGCAUCCUCAUCAUCGCCAAGGCAUCCUGACAGCCUCCUUCC